GCUACAUGGACUAUGCCAUGAAAUUUCCAACCAUAUUCGUCGGAAUCCACUAUCUCCUACACUAAUUAAACAAAGACUUGUACCUACUUGGAUUGUCUUUUCUCAAUUCAUAUACUUCAAGUCUACGCAUGCCUUGACUCCCCACUCUGCUUCACCCCCUCCUCUCGGGCAAUUUCAAUUACCAAAGAGAAAAGAUGAUCCCAGAGCUGUUCGAGAAGAGGCUUAAUGCCUUUUACAUAAAUUGGAUCCAAUACAAGAAACAACUAUGGGGAAAUUCUGAUGUUGUGGUUAUUCACACCCCACCAAAAUUGGCCAACUUCUCCAAUCCAAAAUCAUCCUCCUUCUAUUUAUGGCUCUUAGGUGAUGACUUUACCGAUACAACUGUAAUCUUCACUCCUUAUGGAAUUUACUUCCUCUGUACCCAUAAAAGCUUUUCCAAGCUCCGUGAAUUUUGCUCUUGUGCCACGUUGACACGGAAAAUCCCAACAUCAGUUCAACUGAAAGACAAGACCGACGAUGGAUUCUUGAUCAUUGAUGCUACGAUACGUGACGCUAGAAAUAUUCGUAACGAGAAGGCCUUUCUUGAUGUUGAUAAGGAGUAUCCGUUUGUGGUUGGUUACGUAGAAGGCGAGUACCCAAAAUCGAAGCUUUUCUUGAAUUGUAUUAAUAAAUUAGAACCAACUAAGUAUCAGGCCGCCACUGUCAAUUUUGGUCUUGAUGCGAUGUUUAACGAAGGUGAUGAACAAAGUGUUGGACCCUCCGCGUGUUUGGAUGAGAAAUUGGUCUCAAUAUCACAGGAAAACGAAGCUAACCAGUCACGUAAAUCUGAAGAAAAGAAUAUAUUGCAGGAGUCUUGUUCACUUAUGGACAGUGAUUUGGAGCAUAAAUUGCAAUUAGAUGACCCAGUCAAUUUGUCAAGCAAACUAGAAGAAAAUAAGAUAUUGCUUGAGAAAGAUACCAUGGAUGGUACAAUAACGGGAGAUGAUUUCACUGGUAGCUUGAGGAAGGAUUCUGUAGUUAUGGAUCAUGACGAUGAUGAAGAUUGGAUGCUAAUUGAAGGAAAGGAAGAAGGACAAGAAACAAACGUGGCUAAUAAACUCAGCUGGAAAAGGUGGAUCAUGGAUAAAACAUCAAAAUCAUUUGGUCUUAGGGAUAAAACGAAGAUUAAGGCUUCUUCACACUAAUGUGCCUGUGCCUGUGCCUGUGGUCUCUUCUCAUUAGUUGCUAGCAUCAGUUUGUGCAUACCAGUGCUAGUUAUUUUUUAAUUUGUUGUUGUUGUUGUUGUUGUUGUACAGUUUGUGAUAUUGAAGUAAAAAUAAACAGGACGGCAAGAGUCCCACAUUGAAGUGUGAUUAGCAAAGUCAUCUUAUCUAUUACCGUUAAAACAACUCGUAACAGGCUUGUUAUAUAUGGUAAUGCCUCAAGCUUACUUUUUUCUA